CACAGAUACUAAAGAUAGGAUAGAGACAAUACUUAUAAAAUGUAAAGGCAAUUCACUACAUGAAUAUAAUGAUAGUAAUGACCCAUUUCACUCAUUUAUCAAUUUUGAUUUAUCUAGAGAAAGAUUUGAUAAAAUUGAACCCAAGCUUAUACCUAAAGAGAUACAGAAUUUACUUUGUCAUAUCUUUAAAGAAAAGGCUGGAGUUCUAAUUGGGGUAACUAGAGACAAA